GACGCGUCCGGCCGCAUGACGGAGGACCUCGCCAGGCACUACUUCCGCCAGCUCGUCUCCGCCGUGCGCUACUGCCACUCCCGCGGCGUCUUCCACCGCGACAUCAAGCCCGAGAACCUCCUCCUCGACGCCGCCGGCGACCUCAAAGUCGCCGACUUCGGCCUCGGCGCCCUCUCCGCCGACGCCGGUACCAGCCCCCUCCGCCACACCAUGUGCGGCACGCCCGCCUACGUGUCCCCGGAGAUCCUCUCCAAGCAGGGGUACGACCCGGCCAAGGUGGACAUCUGGUCCUGCGGGGUCGUGCUCUUCGUCCUCGCCGCGGGGUACCUCCCCUUCAACGACGGCAGCCUCAUCAACAUGUACCGCAAGAUCUACGCCGGCAGGUUCCGCUGCCCCAACUGGUUCUCGCCCGAGCUGCGCCACCUGCUGCGCUGCAUCCUCGACCCCAACCCCGCCACGCGCAUUGGCACCGACGGCAUCAUGGACCACCCCUGGUUCCGCCACGGCGCCACCGACGACGACGCAUCACUCAUGCGCGGGCACGACGAGGAGGCGUGGUUCAAGACGGAGUUCAAGGAGGACGUGGGGCGCGAGAUGUCCGCCUUCGACAUCCUCGCCUUCUCCCCCGGCUCCGACCUGUCCGGGCUUUUCGGGGCCGGCCCGGGCACGGAGCGGGUGUUCGUCGGCGAGUCCGCCCCGGCCGUGCUCGCCAGAGUCGAGGACGCCGGGAAGAAGGGCGGGCACAUCGUCCGGAGGGAAGGAAAGAACCGCGCCGCCGGGCCGGUGUACAUCGAGGCCGAGAGCGGCAUUGUCGCCAAGGUGACCGUGUUCAAGAUCGCGGACGCCGUGUCCGUUGUCGAGGUGGUCAAGGGCCACGGCCCGGAGGCCUCGGCGUUCUGGAAGGACUGGCUCCAGCCGGCCGUGAAGCCCCCGGCAGCAGCAGCAGUGUGAUGACGAUGACCUCUCUGCCGAGGGUGAGCCAGCCGGGGUUCUUAAAAUUCCAACAUCGCCGUGCCCAUGCCGAUGUCGGCUGCCGCCGGCCGGCCGGCGCGCGCGGGUCGAGAUUUGUUGUU